UCCUCACACACGGUCUGCCUGCGGGCCCCUCGGGGAAACGCCAUGCGGCACCGCGAGGAGGAUGGCCACGAGUCACGGAGCUCCCGCUAUAUUGGGCCCGAGCGAUCGGCGUCUACGGGCGACGUUUCCUUUUUCCGACUCGACAGACGUUCGCGCCGAUGAUCUGGGAUGACGCGCGACCGGCUGCUUUUUUGUCCUGACAAAUUGGAGAGGUGAGUAACAAUGGAGCUUCUGCCCGAGGCGCACGUCGAGAGACAUCCGCCCGUGCGCUUAAGGUCGGACAAAUUGGCCUUUUCCGCACCGGGCGCGUCCGUUCAAAGCGACACUGACACUUCACGGGACCUCACGGGAGAACAUCCGCACGCCGAGGAUCGCCUUUUGAAACCGGGACAUUUGGGCCAAAUGGACAAUUCCGUUGGAUUUGGCCUUAGGACAGAAACUGUUGAGAGACGUAUCCCGCAGGGGAAAGAAGAAGACCCGAAGCUUCGACGUCGUCCUCGCCGGAACUGGAAAGACGAUCUUCUCCGUCAGGGUCGCCGGCCGGAACCGGUUCCGAAAGGAACAAAGGGCGGCUCCGUUCGCGCGGAACUUGUUCUCGGCCAACCGCAGAAUCACGGUGACCUUCGUCGAGACCCGAAAGAUCUUCCGGAUGGACCGCCCCGCUCCGAGUUGGAACUUUUUCCAAAAGAACUAAAGGACGGUUCUCUUUUUGUCCGUCUUUGUGAUCGACAAGACGCAGAUGAUUUACGUGUGCCAAAAGAGCAACGUUUACUGAAGCGUGUCCAGAACCUGCAACCUCUUCCUGAUGUGUUUCAAAAUGGACUAAAGGACACUUCUCUUUCUAGUGGUCCAAAUAAAGCCCUACCUUUGGAGAAUGGGUGCUCUCUAAGAGGCGACCGAUGUCCAAUCCGGGACGGCAGAUUGAAUGGUCUUCUGCGCUGCUCGGACCUGGUUUCAGACAGACUAAGGGACACUUCUGUUUCUAGUGGCCCAAAUAAAGCACAACUUUUGGAGAAUUUGUGCUCUCAGAAGGGUCCAAGAGGAGACCGAUGUGAUUCACGUCCAAUCUGUGACAGCAGAUUGGAUGGUCUUCCUGAGGUUCUACGCUGUUUGGAAUCGCUUCCAAAAGGACUCCGGGAGAGUUCGGAGCUUACUUGUAUUAAUAACACAGAAGGUUUGCGCUCAGAUGAGCUCGGACGAAGAAAUACAACCCAAGGUUUCGUCCGAGGUCUCUUACCUCACGACCUCGAAGAGGAUCGAUGCCGCUCGCGGUCGGACACUUGGGGUUUUCACGCAGAUGUCGCCGAUUCAUCUCUACAGAGGCGAGGCCACGUGUCAGAUGCUCCUCAAGUCCGUACUUUUCGAAGCUUACCUCAUCAUCAACGUGGUUCGCACCCCAUCGCGUACCGGCGAGCGGAACCUUUUCUUUCGCAGUCCAAAUGCCGCUCGCAGUCAGGACGGAGCGUCCGUCUAAAUGAAGACCGCGAUCUUUCAGCUGACGGCGUGGACUUCGAGCAGCUCUCAAACGGUCCGACCGCAGAGGAUUCCUCACCCGCGCGCCGUCACCGCCGAGGAAGCGUCCGACCGCCCCGCGUCGUCAAACGCGAACCGAGCUCCGUCGCCUUCUCGGACCGCGUCGAGCGUCGCGCUCUCGUCGACGGCGGCUCGGACGACGACGAGUCUUCGCGGGACGGGGACCACGACGCGUUCCCGGAGCGCUCUGCGAAUCCCGGACGCGGGAAGGACGAGGGGCGGCGCUACGGUGCGAACGACGCCACCUGCGGUGACCGGGCCCGAGCUAGCGGCACGAAGGAGGAAUCCUCUCCGCUACCGUCCCCCUGGUCCGAGUCCGUGAGUCGGCUGAUGAGGAAGCCGGAUCGACUCUACUUGGACAUCGAGGAAGCCCCGAGCGGCGGCUCCUCGCCGUCGGACACGCCCUGCGCCGCCCGCAAGAAACAGCGCCUCGUUUUCGACCGGAGCCCGAACGAGCGAGCGGAAGCGUCCGGCCAGAGCGGGCCUGGCGUUCCUCGAGGCGCCUCCGUGGGAACGAGAAGCAGAAGCGCGAAAGCGAUUUGCAACAAGAUGAGCGGUGAAGCACGAACAGAACUCGGCGAGUCCUCGGGUAGCGAGUGUUUGGGAAGCAUGACCCCGGAGAGCCGGGAGAUCUACCUGAGGAUGGACCACCGCCGGAGGCGCUCCGGGUAUAGACUGGGACGGAUCAUUGCCAGGCAACAACUUCUCAAGAAGAUAGCCGGAGAAGUCGAGGCGAAGGAGGCGUGCGACUGGCUGCGAGCUGCCGGAUUUCCCCAGUAUGCGCAGCUCUUUGAAGAGUCUCAGUUCCCCAUUGACAUCAGGCCCGUCAAACGAGACCACGACUUUCUGGACAAAGAUCUCGUCGAGCCUCUUUGCAGACGACUCAACACCUUAAAUAAGUGCGCCUCGUUGAAACUUGAUGUGAACCUCCCAAAGAAGAAAAGCGAAGACUCUGAUGAGGAGGACCUGUUUGCCAUCAGUGACAAAUGGACCUUUGAAUGGAGCAGCCGGCGCUGGUCCAGGCUGCAAGACAUUGACCGUCUUCUGGGUAAUCGAGGAUCGGAUCCGUCGGCGGGGGACGACCCGCCUCUCAGAACCGCGACCAGCAGCGAAAGCGUUCUGACGGACCUCAGCGAGCCCGAAGUAUCCAGCGAGGGCAGCGGUCCUCGGGGUCUCAGCGCCGAGGACUCGGACGGUUCCGACCGCACCCGCUGGGAUUCCGUAGUCAUGCCGGACUCCACGUCGCUGACAAUGUCUCAUUUUCCGCAUUACGGCUCGCUGCCUCGCAAGCACGCCAAGACGAGUCGCACCCGUGCCAAAGACUUCCUGAAACGCAUGGAGACGCUGCGUUCCAGGGGCGCCGUGACGAGAGGUCGCAAGACGUUGGUCAUUAGCGCUCCGGUGGUUCAGAGGGAAGUCCGCGCUCUAAAGACGAUACCCUGCGCCGAGAUCAUAAACGGAGACGGCGGAACUCCGGAGCCCCCGUCCCGCAAAGUUCCGUCCCAGUCCGGCAGCGAAGGUAGCGGCCAUUCCAGCGGAAGCGCCGGCAGCACGCCCAACCUUAAAGACCGAAAAGCGUACCGGGCCGACCACAAGCGAAGCGGCAUGUAUUUGGAAGACGUGGACGUUCUCUCAGGCGACCGAGUUGCGGAACACAAUCGCCUUAAUGAAUUCUGCUCCUACGAGGACCUGCUGGUCCACAUUCCUAACGACCACAAGCCGGGAACCUUCCCCAAAGCGCUGUCGAUAGAAAGCCUUUCGCCAACCAACGGGGCCCCGAUCGACUGGCACGCCGGCAGCGUGCAUUUAGACACGAUGCUGAUUUCAUGCCGGCAAGAAUCCGAGUCAGUUACGCAGCGCUGUUCCCGAGGAAGCCGCAUCAGCGUUUACGAUAACGUCCCCGGUUCUCAUCUCUACGCCAGCACUGGGGAUCUCAUAGAUCUGGAGAAAGAAGACCUCUUUCCCCACCUGGAUGACAUUUUAAUGCACGUAAGUGGUCUGCAGCAGAUCGUAGACCGUUGGUCCAAAAAUGUGCUGCCGGGCGGUCGAGGUGUGUCGUGGUCGGACGGAACAAGGGAACGCACCGCUCAAAUCGCGCUCGAUUUGGAGGCGGAUUCAGCGACAGAAAGCCGGACUCGGCCGAGCGCCGGAGACGGAGUUUCUCUUUGGGACGUCGAAGCGACCGGGCUCGGGGAAAGGAGGGACUCUGGAGUGGGGGCUUCGCUUACAAGACCCAGUCGGUUACGCUGGCCCAGCUUUCAGAUAUCCGAUCGUCUCAGCCGCUCGGUGGCGUCCCUGCAGAUAACCAACCAAUCGGCCGGCCAGCUGAGUUUGUUACAGAAGUUCUCUCUGCUCCGUCUUACUGCCAUCAUGGAAAAGUACUCCUUGUCAAACAAGCACGGCUGGACCUGGGCAGUACCAAAGUUCAUGAAGCGAAUGAAAGUCCCGGACUACAAGGAUAAGAACGUGUUUGGCGUACCUCUUAUAGUUCACGUACAGCGAUCCGGACAACCGCUGCCCCUCGGCUUGCAGCAGGCCCUGCGGUACCUGAGGAGCCAGUGUCUCGACCAGGUGGGACUGUUUCGUAAGUCGGGGGUCAAGUCCAGAAUCCAAGCGCUAAGGCAGAUGAACGAAAGCGCUCCCGACAACGUGAACUACGACGACCAGUCCGCUUACGACGUGGCGGACAUGGUGAAGCAGUUCUUCCGGGAUCUGCCUGAGCCGCUUCUCACCAGCAAGUUGGGAGAAACCUUCCUCCAUAUCUACCAAUAUGUACCGAAAGACCAAAGAUUCCAGGCCGUCCAGGCCGCCAUCAUGUUGAUGUCGGACGAAAACCGAGAGGUGCUUCAAACGUUGCUUUGUUUCCUGAGUGACGUCACGUCCUCGGUGGAGGAGAACCAGAUGACGCCCACGAAUAUUGCCGUGUGCCUGGCGCCCUCCCUUUUCCAUCUCAACAUACUCAAGAAGGACAAUCUUUCGCCGAGGGCGAUACAGAAGAAGUACGCGAGCGGAAGACCCGACCAGAAGGACCUGAAUGAGACUUUAGCAGCAACGCAGGGUCUCGCACACAUGAUCACGGAGUGCAACCGUCUCUUUGAGAUACCUCACGAAAUGGUGACCCAGUCGCGCAAUUCGUACGUGGAGGCCGACCUCCACGCGCCGGCCUUUGAGGAGCUUUACAAGCAGCUGGAGGAUGACGACGAAACGCACCGGAACCACAUGGAGGGACAGUUGGAAAACCUGCUGAAGGAGGCCCGCGAAAAAUCCAAAUACUGGGUGUCUUGCGGCAGUUCCGAUAACACAGAGCUAUACUACAAAAAGGUGGGCGACGGAAACCCGCUGAAACGCUGGAGGACGUCCGUGGAGGUGGAAGCGCCGCCGUCCGUCGUGUUGAACCGCGUGCUGCGGGAGCGCCACAUGUGGGAUGUUGACCUGUUGCAGUGGAAAGUGUGCGAGACGCUAGACAAGCAGACGGAGGUGUUUCAGUACGUCCUCAAUCGGAUGCCGCCUCACCCUAGCCGAGACUUUGUGGUUCUCAGGUCAUGGAGGACAGACUUGCCCAAAGGCGCGUGUUCCCUGGUUUCUGUCUCUGUUGAGCACGAGGAUUGUCCUCCCGUCGGAGUGGUACGAGCGAUUGUGCUGGAGUCCAAUUACCUUCUGGAACCCUGUGGCUCAGGAAAGUCCAGACUGACUCACAUUUGCAGAGUGGAUUUGAAGGGAAGGACUCCGGACUGGUAUAACAAAGCCUUUGGCCAUCUUUGUGCCGCAGAAGCCGCUCGCAUCCGCAAUUCUUUUCAGCCGCUCAUUACGGACGGUCCGGAGACCAAAAUAUGAUCCCUUCUUGGGAAUUGUGAAGUUCAAAAGACUGUGUUAAGAACCCCAAACCUAAGGCACAUUUGAAAUAUAUCAUGUGUAUUAUAAUAUUAAGCACCCUCGUGAGGAAAAGGGGUAUAGAAAAUGAAUAAUAUUAAGCUCCUCCGUUUUUGCACAAAACAAACGAGGACAUCUUGAGCGUAUUUACUCAUAGGGAAAUGAAUCAUCCUGCCAAAAUUGUGGAAUUUAAUCUACAUUGAUAUUAGAAAAAAAAUUCCAUAGUGUACUGUUGUAUCCGUAUUAUUCAUAACUGUUAUGAUAUACAAUGUCUAGGACAUUCAAGCUCUUCUACGCUUCUGAGAAGCAUGUGCAUAUUGAUCAUUUGAAGAUAUAAAGCUAUAAUUAUUAUUGUCCGUGUAUAUAAAUGUGUAAAUAUAUUGUACAUGUAAACAAAAUGUAUAUAUUUGUGAAGGGGUUCAUAGUUCCAGAUUCAUGAGUCAUGAUUAAGAACAAUGUAAACUGGUUUUACUUCAGUAUUGGAAUUCAUGUCAAUUGUUUUUGUUCAACUUGGACCGCGUGUUUGUGAACGACUCAAGGCUUGACUUGGUUAAACCUGCUUGUACGACAAAAGACGUCUGUUCUUUUUAUUAAAACUGUCGGAAUUCUAA